AUGCCUUCAAAAAGAGAUUUUCAUGAUAGUAAAUCUUCCACUUAUUGGCUACCUAAAGAUGAUGAAGAGCAAGACAGACUUACGGGUCAACAUUUUGCUGUUAAAGAACUUUUUGAAGGAAACAUGUUGACAAGUGUUGCAGAAAAACUUGAUUUUACAAAGAACCUUUCUAUCUUGGAUGUUGGUUGCGGCUCUGGUUCAUGGCUUAUGGACAUGGCCAGUGAUUAUCCUCAAUGUACUUUUGAAGGCUGUGAUAUUGUCGAGGUCACAAAUAAGAACAUUGCACCACCUCAAGUUCAUUUUUGCUACGGCGAUGUACUUAAAGGACUUGAAUACUCUGAUAAUUCAUUUGAUUUUGUUCAUAUGCGUUUGUUUAUCCUUGCUUUACGUGAAAAUGAAUGGCCUGCAGUUAUCAAAGAACUGAUCCGAGUAACAAAACCUGGUGGAAUAAUUCAAUUGCUCGAAAUUGAUUUAAAGAAAAAAAAAGAAUUUAACCAUGGAUUAGUCCAUAUUGCAUGUGCUGCCAGAGGUCAAGAUCCUCGUAUUGCAAUUAAGCUAGACUCUUUGUUAGCUGCGAAUGACAAUAUCAAGGUUGUUCAGACAGAUUAUCGCUCAGUAGAUAUGGCUUCUAACACGGCUACUGCAAAAAAGUUUCUUUGGGAUUGGAAACAAACUGUCAAGAGUAUGAUGCCUGUUGUGGGUCCAAAAAUAGGAUUAGCAACAGCUGAAGAACAGCAGAAGUUUAUUAAAUUACUUGUACAAGAUGCAACCACUUCAGGCGCUCAAACGUGCAUGAAUGGUGUGGCUGCUCAGAAAUUACAUGAAUAG